AUGAUAGGAGUAGAAGAUAACAACUGGUUUGAUGUAUUCAUGCAUGAAGUCGGAGUUGCAUUGACCAAGGUUGACCAACAGAUACAAAAGAGUAUUGAACUCUGGACAGAGUUAAAGACAGAGUUAAGCAGAAACAGAUCUGUCAUCGAUGUCCCAACAGACAAACAGCCUGACCAAAACUCGACCGGACAACCAAAUAAUGGUCAAUCUGGUGAAGAACGUUCCUCUCAAGAGAUACCUGUCGCUAAGGUGAAAGAGAGCCCGAUUCAACACUGGGCCAUGUGUCUUGGUGAUGCAAAAGAAGAAGCGGUUCAACACUGGGCCAUGUGUCGUGAUAAGGUGAAAGAAGAAGAGACUAUUCAACACUGGGCCAUGUGUCUUUGUGAGAUGAAAGAAGAACCGAGUCAAGACUGGACUACUAUGUCUGGUUCAAGUCUUCCAGAGAUUUUGGUUCAAGAACAAAAGAAUGACGACUGUCAUGAUGAGGAUGAGGAUGAGGAUGAGGAAGAGGAGGAUGAUGAUGAGGAGAGUGAGGAUGAGGAGGAGGAGAGUGAGGAUGAGAGUGAGGAUGAGAGUGAGGAUGAGGAUGAGGAGGAGGAGAGUGAGGAUGAGGAGGAGGAGAGUGAGGAUGCGGAUGAUGAUGAGGAUGAUGAUGGUGAUUAUGAUGAUUUUGCUUAUGGUGAUGAAGAAGGCAAAGACGAGACUAGGGUUUCUAAAUCUUGUGAUGAUGAAAACAUGUGGGAGAUCAAUUUGGGAAGCCCGGGGACGAGCAACUAUCCUCAUUCAAACAAUCUAGUUCACAAUGAAGAAAACAAUGGUUCAAGUUUGAGGUGGAGAGGAGGUUAUGAGCUGUUAAAGAAUGAUUACCCGUCUUCCGAAGAUGUAGAUGAUACGUGGGACAUUACUGAAGAGGAAGUGAAGGAAUGGUCUCGGAAGCUUGGACUCAUGAGGGAUGAAAGUAAGGAAUCAUUAGUGGGUCAUGUUGAAGCUGGAGCUGGAGCUGGAGCUGAAAACGAAGGUGAAGAUGAAGAAGCAGAUGACGUGUCGGACAAGUUACAAGGAUUUGUGGAUGUCAAGGAAGAGGAGAUUGUGAAUAAUACGGAAUUUGAUGAGGUGAUCGAGACCCUUUCACCAGGAAAUGACUGGGUUUACGUGACGAGAGACUAG